ACCAGAAAUGCGAAUGGCGUUAGAAGUUCUCACUUCUGCCCCUACCGGAAGUCAGUAGCUCUGACAACGGAAAACGAAGCUGUGGGAGCGAUUUGGUAAAUGAUGUUUUAUGUCUGAUCGGUUUAAAUGCCUCCGUCCUCUCCAAGAGUUGUAGAGGUUCUCGGGCUGGCCGGUUUUUGUACUUUCUGGAGGGUGCGGGGCUACACAUGUCCUUUCCCGACCGCCUGGAAGAGCGCCUGGCCUCGGCGGGGGCUCAGCUGACCCAGGUAGCGGUGUCGGAGAUCUGGAGGGUCGUGGGGGAGAUGAUGGCGGAGUACCGGGGGGAGAUCGCCCGGCUGGACAGAGACAACGCGGGCCUGAGGCGCAGGAUCCGCGAGUGCAGGGCCGAGCUGGUGGCGGCGAGGCGGCGGCGGCGGCGGAGGCGGACGCGGGGCUCCGGCGGGGACCGGCCGCCAGGGAGGAGCGACGGAUCCCGGCUCGGAGAGCGCAGCCCCGGGCGGAGAGAGGCCGGAGCGGCGGAUUGCAGAGCUGCGGAGGCCGGCGCUGUCCCCGACACUGGGCGGCAGGGCUGCGGGACCGAGGGGGACCCCCCGCCGAUGGACGCGGAGGACGGACAGGUCAACGUCGCCCGCCGCCACAGGGAAGUGGAGCCGGUCAGCGCGGCCAAACGGGAACCCGAGCCCGGAAACGGGGGGUUCGUUCCAGAUUCGUGGCCCCGUCGCGACAGAGGGGGCCCCGACCGGACCGGACGGGGGUCCCCAGGCCGGGAGCCCGGUUCCGCCGACGCCUGGGACCCGGCUCCGAGCCCCCCCGGCGCCGGCAGCGAGGCCGGUCCGGAACAGAUCCUUGGCCCCUCGCCUGGAGGGGGGCGGUGGUCCGCCGGCGCAGGGGGGGGCGAGGCGGGAGGGGGGACCCCACGGCCGCUGGGCCCCGGGCCCCCCUCUCCGCAGGUCCAGCAGCGUGGCGGACACCGCUGCACCCAGUGCGGCAGAGCUUUCAAGAGAAAGUGCAGCCUGAAAUCCCACCUGCGGGCUCACGCCAGGACUCCACCCCCAAAGGUCGCAGGGUUGCCGGACCCUAUCCCAGCAGGCCACGGGCCCUUGUCCGGCCACACUGACUUGUGCCCAGCUCGCCCACUGGCGCCGGGUACAACUUUCCCAGGAGCCAGUGAACCUACCGGUAUGUCUCUGGACUGUGGGAGGAAACCGGAGCACCGAGAGGAGAUCCACAUGAACGCAGGGAGAACACGCAAACUCCACACAGACACCACCCCAGGUCCCCGACUUGAACCCAGGGCCCCAGGGCUGCAGAAGUGCCUCACGCUUCAAGAGAUCAACACUUUGGUGUCUGUAAAAUGAGCUGACUGCUUCUAGAAAUAAAAAUGGAUAAUGAACGUUUCUUGUA